CAGGACAAAACCAUGUCUUUCACUUCUAACUCCAAAACUCUCAGCGUGUAUGGAGGAGCUGGUGGUCGGGGAACCCGAAUCUCGUGCCCCACCAGAUUUCUUAAUUCUUCUCCAAGAGGCUUCAAUCUGGUUGAUGGCUUAGACUUAUCUGCUGAUAAGAAGGCCACCAUGCAGAAUCUGAAUACUCGUCUGGCCUCCUACUUGGAGAAGGUACGCUCACUGGAGAAGGCCAAUGCUGAGCUGGAGCAAAAGAUCAGUGACUGGUAUGAUAGUCACGAUGAUGUCACAUUCGACCACACAAACUUCCAGGACACCAUCCAGGACCUGAGGAAUGAGUUUAACACACUUUCCCAAGACAAUGCCAAACUCAUCCUGGAAGUGGAUAAUGCUAAACUGGCUGCUGAUGACUUCAAACGAAAGUAUGACAAUGAACUAGCCAUGCGUCGGGAAAUUGAAGCUGACACUGGCAAUCUGAGGAAAAUCCUGGAUGACUUUAGUUUGAGGCGUUCGGAUCUGGAGUUGGAGAUUGAGGCUCUGAAAGAGGAAUUCAUCAUACUGAAGAAAAACCACAAGGAGAAGAUCACCUUGACUAUUGAAACUGGCGGUCAGGUGAAUGUCUCUGUGGACGCAGCGCCCUCUAUGGAUCUGAAUCAGGCCAUUGAUGAGAUCCGCCAACACUAUGAGACUGUGACUCAGAAAAAACGUGAAGAGCUGCAGUCCUGGUAUGAGAGCAAGAAUGCCCAAAUGCAACAGGAUGUGGUCAAUCAUAAUGAAGAUCUUCAGGACAGUAAAACUGAGAUAAAGGACUUGACAAGCACCUUACAAAGACUGCAGAUUGAACUGCAAACCCAUCAGAGCAUGAAAUCAAACCUCGAUGGGGAACUAGAGGACACAGAGGCCCGCUAUGGGAAUCACUUGGCUGGGCUUCAGGCCACUGUUUCCUAUCUGGAGGACCAGCUUAGCCAAUUUCACGCUAACAUUGCUAACAACAAAGAAAAGUAUGAAACACUGCUGGAUGUAAAGACCAGACUGGAACGUGAGAUUGCAGAAUACAGGAGACUGCUGGAUGGAGAAAAGAGUGAAAACCACAAAAUCCUGACCAAAACCAUCACAGUGAUGGAAACCAUUGUGGAUGGGAGGAUUGUGGAGAGCAGCGAGACUGUGGAUGUUCAUGAACUUGAUGACUAAUCUAGACUAAUCUUCUCAAAUAUGCAGUUCAAAUGAGGACAUCAUAUAUAUUACUAAAUACUUUCUGUUCAGGACAUAUGUAUAUUAUGAUAAUGAAAUAAAUGAUUAUGAUUAA